AUGGCAGCCCAUCCUUCGGCCCCCAGCAGAGCCCUGAACUCAGCCAGGAGGCAGAGGAGCCUGAAGACUUCCAGAAGAUUCUACUUAUCUUACCAAGACCAGUCGUAUGGGUUCUCAGAUGAGGAGGAGAAGGAUGAGGAGCAGCCUGACAGCAAUGACCCAGAGAAGGUCUUCCAGAAUAUCCAGUUCCAGAAGGAGAUCAUUGCCAAUAUCCGCAGCAGACCCUGGCCCAUGGCACACAAGCUCAAAGCCCUCAGACAGGCCAAGGAGAUUGUUCUUAAGUACGAAGGCAGGCUGACUCGAACCCGAGGGUACCAAGCAGCUGGAGCUGACCUGCUGAAAAAAGUGUCUCGCGUGUUCUACAAUGUCAUAGUGCUGUUCAUCCCCUGGGAGGUGAGGAUCAAGAAAAUUGAAAGUCAUUUUGGAUCUGGCGUGGCCUCCUACUUCAUCUUUCUGCGAUGGCUCUUUGGGAUUAACCUCGUCCUCACCGCGAUGACUGGAGCUUUUGUUGUCCUGCCUGAGCUACUAGCCGGGGCGCCGUACGGGAGCACCAAGAGCAAGACCGUUCCUGAGGAACAGCUCUCCUCCGCCCAGGACUUGGACACCAUCUGGUCACUGGGGGGCUACCUCCAGUAUUCGGUGCUGUUCUAUGGGUACUACGGCAGUGUCCGGAAGAUCGGCAGUGUGGGAUACAGGCUGCCUCUGGCCUACUUCCUGGUCGGGGUGGCUGUGUUUGCCUACAGCUUCUUGGUCCUCUUGAGAAAAAUGGCCAAGAACUCCCGACUAAGCCUUGUCAGUGCUUCUGACGAAAACUACACCUUCUGCUGGCGUGUGUUCUGUGCCUGGGACUACCUGAUUGGGAACCACGAGGCUGCUGAGAGCAAGGGAGCAGCCAUAGUCAACAGCAUCAGGGAAGCCAUUGUUGAAGAACAGGAGAAGAAGAAACAAACAAGUCUCAUGGUUCUGGUCAGCCUAAGGGUGCUGGCUAAUGUCCUGGUGUUGCUGUCCCUGGCUGGCAGUAUCUACAUCAUCUACUUCGUAGUGGACCGCUCCCAGCGGCUGGAGCAGGAGAAGCAGGAACUGACCCUGUGGGAGAAAAACGAGGUGAGUGUGGUGGUCUCCCUCAUCACCAUGAUUGCCCCGUCUGCUUUUGAGCUGGUGGCCCAGCUGGAGAUGUACCACCCCCGUACUUGCCUCCGGUUCCAGCUGGCCAGGGUUCUAGUUUUGUACCUGGGAAACCUGUACAGUUUAAUAAUUGCCCUGCUGGACAAGGUCAACAGCAUGAACUCAGCUAGUCCUGCUGCUGUUGCAAACUGGUCUGACUCCAGUGCAUUCCUGGCCACCAUUGUUCUGCCAGGUGAAGAAAACCAAUCCACCAUCACACCAAAGGUCAGCGAAUGGCAGAAUGGCACAUACAGCCCGACCAUGGAGGCUGUGAGGACCCCUGGUGUCACACCCUUUUCCACCAAUAAGAACAUCUCCCCUGAGUUCAGCAUCAGGCCACUGCAGGACCAGUGCUGGGAGACUUAUGUUGGGCAGGAAAUGUUGAAACUCUCAGUCAUAGACAUGAUCUUCACGGUGGCGAGCAUCUUGCUAAUCGACUUCUUCCGAGGCCUCUUUGUCCGCUAUGUGAGCGAUUGCUGGUGCUGGGACCUGGAGAGCAAGUUUCCUGAAUACGGGGAGUUCAAAAUAGCAGAAAACGUUCUUCACCUGAUUUAUAACCAAGGCAUGAUAUGGAUGGGUACCUUCUUCUCCCCAUGCCUCCCGGCCUUCAACAUGCUCAAGCUCAUUGGACUGAUGUACCUACGUAGCUGGGCAGUGCUCACCUGUGACGUCCCGCAUCAGCAGGUCUUCCGGGCCUCCAGAUCAAAUAACUUCUACCUGGCGAUGCUCCUUUUCAUGUUAUUCCUGUGUAUGCUUCCAACUGUCUUCGCCAUAGUUCGAUACAGACCGUCACAACACUGUGGACCAUUCAGCGGCCAGGAGAAGAUUUAUGACAUCAUUCCGGAGACAAUAGCUGCCGACUUUCCACUGUGGCUCAGCGCGGUCUUGAGUUACGUCACCAGCCCCGUGGUGGUUUUACCUGCUCUGCUCUUGCUGUUCAUGCUGAUCUACUACCUGCAGUCAAUUGCAAGAUCUCUGAAGUUCACCAACAAUCAGCUCAGAAUCCAACUUCAGACGAAACAGCAGGCUGAUCGGAGGGAGUGCAGGAGACUACAAGAAAAUGUGGCAGAUAAGAAAAGAGUUUUAAAGUUUGCAGCAGUGCGGUUGCCAGCUCCUGAGGGUGGCGAAGAAAGGGUGGAGGAGGAAAACAAGGUCAUUGACCAGGAGACCUCCACCUUCUCCUCAGCAUCAAAUCUCAAUAACAGCGUAACCAACUGCAAGUCACCAGAGCAUCGGGGGCACAGCAUUGCCACCAUAACUCGGUCUGCCUUGCACAAGGACAUCAGCCAAACCGCCAGAGUGCUGUGGGGCGGGCAGACUCAAAUAGCGCAGAAACACAGAAAAGAAUACAAACCAAACAGGUGUCCCGAUCAUCCAGGAGAAUCUGAUAGUUCCGACAAGUUAUACCACCAGGGGACAAAUCGUCCAGCCGGUCUCUACACUGAUCACACUCGCUUUAAAUCCCUCUACAGAAAGGCCACUCGGCCAGUGCACCGUAAGUCUACCCAGUAUGUCAUCGUCAAUGAGCAUGGGGCCCACCGGAAGCCACUGCAGCCUGCUAGCUCGGCCCCCCGGUGUAGCCGCCCGAAAGAGCUAGCCGAUGUUAUGGAGCUGUACCCGCAACAUGGCUGCUGGCCUACCACCUUCAGUCCUUACCAGCCUUAUCUGACUGAGGAGGAGGAAGAGGGGGUGGAGACCCCGAGCAUCCAACAGUUUUCCUUUAGCCAAACCCUCCAGCCCCAGUCUCUGUCUAACCUCACUCAUCCAGUGAACUUCUAUGUAGAGGACGUGGCACCCCACAAGCCAGCCAGGGGCUUGCACAGGUCUCAGGUAAAGCCGGACUGGCAAGACCUGACGUUGCAGAUGCACUCCCAUCCUGAUGUAAGGAGCCGCAAGCCCCCAAGCAGAGAGAGCAUGCUGCACAGCAAGAUGAAGGCGAAGCCCAAGAACAGGCACAAGGUGGAGGUGUGCUUGACGGAGUCAGACUCUGCCUCCCUGGCUUCCAGCAGCGACCCACAGAACAGCAGCAGCGACCAGUACAUCCAGGUCAUCCACAGCAAGGAGAAGUACCUCAAGCCCUGCAACAGCCUGCCCAAUAAUACUCCCAGAGCUGGAACUGAUUUAAACAUGUCAGCAACAAAUGAACUUAUUUAUUCCAAUGUUUGAUGAUCCAUCCAUCGUCAACAACCACUUGUCCCAAGCAGGGUUGCUGACCCGCUACA